AAUUUACUACUAGCAUUUAGAGGUAGGGCUAGUGUGAGUGCGUCACAUUCUCAGCGAAAGGACAGUUUCAAAGCUCUUGAUUAAAAAAACAAAUUUUCAUCAAAUUUAAUUAAUUUUGCUCCGGAAAAUUGUUCCAAUUGAAUUGUAAUUGAAGAGAUGCCUCGUCCAAAACCUCGGACAAAAGUAAGCCGACCUGGUUUGCGAGCUAGCCCCCGUAAACGUAAUCCUGAUAUUUCUGAUGAUAUUAAAAAAGAAGAUAUGAAUGAUGAAGAAAUGGAUGAAGAAACUGGUAAAGGUAGUGGUGAUACUUCACAAUCGGAUACAAACGAUCCGAUAGAUUCUAAAGGUGAAGAUGAUGAAUCCACUGGACAACGAAGACGUGGCCGUAAACGAAAAUCAGAGAUACCUCUUGAUGAAAAAUAUGUACCGGCCCAAGAUCCAACACAACGUGGCAUCAUGGCUCAAGGAGGCUCACUUCGUCGUCGUGAUACAUUGAAAUCAUCGUGGCGUUAUUCACCACCACCUGUAUCUACAAGGCGUUCAAAAGUUGAUGAUAACAAUAAAACGGCAAAAAUGGAUAAUCGAAAGAAACCUGCUAUACUGAGGUCGCCAGCAACAACUUUGCCUGAUAAAAAUCAAAAAUCCGAUGCAAAUGACGAUAAGAAAAUGAUUGUCAAUAUGCCCGAUGGUUUCCCGAUAAAAGUAGAACCACCAAAGAAAAAAAUUGCCAUUACUAAUACCCCAAAAGUAGCAACAUCAAUGGCCAAGCCAAAAACUGUAGUUGAUACACCUGUAGUAAAAGCUUCAGAUAAAGAUUCUUCUGAAACAACCACAAUUGAAGAUGUUACAACAGAAAAUGCAGUCUCAACGGUUGACGAGGCAAUCGAAAAAAAGGAUACAACACAUGAUGAAACGGAACAACCGCAAACAGCAAGAGGAGCACGUGUAGCAGCAAGAAGAAAAUCGACAGAACCUGUAGUUGUUAAUGCUGCUGUGAGCCCUACAGCUACAACUACAGCCCUUGUAACGGAAAAAUCGAAAUCGCCCGUCAGAGUCACAUUAACAACAGCCUCAUCGGCAGAAAAAACAGCAGCCGUAGUCGUUACUCGAUCAUCUUCCACAAUGCAUCCAAUAGGAAUGUCGAAAACGCAAACGAUCACAAUAUCGACAAAUACACCACCAACAACAGUUACUACAACGAAAAAUCAAGUGUCCAAUACUUUAACAACAUCCGUUACAACAUCUCCAUCUACGACGAUGACAACGGCAACAGCCGCUACCGGAACGAUUAAAGUUCCAACCAUUUUAAAGCCAACCAUCAGUACACCGGCUACCAACGUAUCAAAUGUUUCGAAAGGUCCAUCAAUUAAGAAACCAGUUUCGUUGAGUAAAUAUCUUGAUACAUUACCAGAAAUCGAAGAUUGUAUCCACAAUGAUGGUGUUCAGGAUGCCCAUAUGGAAAAAUUACCCGAUAAAAUUCUUUUGGUUCAUUCGGAGCUUCCGCUUCCUUUGGCUAUUUCUGUUGAUAAAGAAGAAGAAAAUUAUUUGUUCAGGCAAAUAAUUUCACCCGUCAAUGCUACUCGAUUCGUUUGUUUGCUUUGCAAAGGAAUCGAUGUCAAUUUUGGUACGAAAGAAGAAAAGGAUAUUCUAUUGCAUUAUCAAUCAUUGCAUGAAUUAGAUGUCGACAUUGGUCAUGCCAAAUUUUCUGAAGAUAUUGUUUUUAUUUGUUUACCCAAAAUGAUCCUCAAUCAAUUUAACAACUCUAGUUCGCUUAGUUUGAACUCGCCAUGUCAAUACUGUGACACACGUCUUAGCGAUAUUGGUGAAAUGAAGGAACAUUAUUCCCAAAAACAUAAUAAAGAGGUUAUCAUGAUGGAACAAGAAGAAAUCAUGCAAAUGCAUCAUUUUUUCUAUUGCAGUAAAUGUAAAGAACAAUCAUCAGAUUUUGAUACGCAUCAUAAACAUAUGAAAAACAAACAUAGUUUAAAAACUUAUCGUUGCAAAUCAUGUGUAUUGGUCACAAAAGAUGAGAAUCGUCUUCGAACACAUUUUAAAGCGAAACACAUGUUGCAUAGCUCUGGACAGAAUUAUCAAUGUUACUAUUGUCAUGGCUUAUUGAUCGGUGUUGAACGUUUGCAAAAACAUAUUCAACAAUCACAUAUGGUACAAACGGGACCAGCCGAUUAUUCUUGUGUCGCUUGUCGACAAAGUUGUGGUAAAGGUAAAGAAUUGCUUACACAUGCACAAAAUUGUGCGGUUGCUGGUCUUAAGCCAGAGAAAUCGGAUCUUCGUUUUGUUCCUAAUUUGGACUGUUCAUCACUCUCUGAAGAGGAAUGUCUUUGUUAUUUUUGUAAUGCACGAUUGGAAAGUCAAGAGGCGUAUGAUCUUCAUCUUCAUCAUGAACACAAACAAUGGGUGCCGAUCGAAACAGCAACUGAAUUAAAUAAGAACAAUUUUGGUGAUACAAGCUCGAAUGGUUUAUUAACCAUCAAUGAUGUCAUAAAUGACGAUGAUUUAAAACGAGCUCAGAUAAAAACCUAUGUUGGCCAUUGGUGCCGAAUUUGCGACCAGAUGGUUAAAGUUUAUCAACUAUAUUAUUUGCAUAUGGUCAAUCACCAUAAAAUGGAAAAAAUGUAUCAAUGCGUCAUAACUUCUUGUAAAAUGAAUUUUAAAGAUUUUGAAGAUUUUAUGCAACAUAUAAAUGAAACUGGUCACAAUCAGAAGACGAUCAUUUCUCAUCCUGACGAGGUGUUCGUCUGUGCAUAUUGUGACAUUUAUUUUGCUAGCGAUGAAGAACUAACUUCACAUUUGAUUACCGAUCAACAUAUUAACAAAUUCACUGCUUCUGGACAUUUCCAUCGUACUGAGCCUCGAAAUUUCAAAUGCAAAGCAUGUCACACGUUUUUCGGGAUGAAAGAAUCUUAUGUUCAUCAUCUGGAAACAGAAUCUCAUCAAUAUGUAUGCACUUAUUGUGGCAUAACUACCGCAACACCAAGUUCGCGACGAGCGCACAUACAGAAUUCUCAUGCCGAAAAACUUCUUCUUUGUGAGGAUUGUGGUGAAUGUCAGAAUGAUAUAAUGGCUCAUUUUGUUAUACAUGGUUAUACAUUUGAAUGCAAAAAAUGUGUUAAAAAAUUCUAUAAUCGCGAACGAUUGAACGCUCAUAUGGAAGUACAUCAAGAUCCAAUCGAAUGUAAUUGGUCGGAUUGUAAUCGCAUGAUCGCCACACGUUCAAUGUUGGUUACGCAUUAUCGUGGACAUAAAAGUGAACAUAAAUGUACCGUCUGUGGACAAGCAUUCUGGAAUUUCGCUAUGCUAACUUCGCAUCUUCGUUCGCAUCAACCGAUGCCUAGGAAUCCACAUGUUGUUUCACGCUCAAAUCAAAUGGGUCGAGCAACGAUUCAAUAUCAGAAUCAAGCUCGUCCCAGUCCAAGUGUUUUACAGCGUUCUAAAUCUACUGCACAACCAAUGUUAUCGAACAGUGUAAUCAAAUGUGGUCAUUGUAACAAUCUGUUUCGCUCGACCAAAGAUUUGAGCCUGCAUAAAUGCGCACCAAAAUAUCCAAACAAUGGUGAUCAAAAUAAACUAUUGGAAUUGGCUUCAAAAGCUACGGCACAGGCCAAAGCGAUCACUACCCCUAAUAAAAUGCCUGCACGAAGACGUGCAUCACCGAAAAAACCACAACAACCUAUUGAACAGCAAAUGAUCGAUUUACCUGCAUUCCACGGUCAACAACCUGUUGAUGAAGAUACACAAUUGAUCAUGAUAUUGAAUCAAUCGACAGGCGAAUUGAUGGAAAUUACUGCACCAAAAGGCAUGGAAGUACAGGAUGUUAUCAAUUCAUUGAAUUUUACACCGGCUGUAGAAGAUGUACAAAUGGAAGUUAUUGACGAACAAUCACAACAAUCAGCAUUUGCAAACAUUGUAGAUGUUGCACAACAAGAACAACAAGAAUCGGCUAACAAUAUGAAACAGGAGCAUAAAAUCUUACCAACAAAUGAACAAGACGAGACAGCCGCUGCUAUUGAAGUAAUUGAACAGGUGAAUGAUGAAACUACUGCAUCAGUUCAGCAUGUGGUUGAAGAAAACCAACAACCACCAACAUCAAAUGAUAAUCACGGCGCUGAAGUGGUUGUGGCUGCAAAUUCUGAAACUGAAGCAACAACGACCGUUCUAAUCCAGCAAGAUGGUGAUGAUCAUCAGGUUACACAUCAAAUUAUUGAUUCGGAUGAUCCGAAUGGGUCUCAGGCCAUUGUCUUGCCACCGGAAUGUAUCAAUGAAGAUGGGUCAUUAAUAUUAGAUGCUGAAACCCUACAAAGGCUUAAUCUGGCUAUUUCGGUUGAUGAAAAUGGUACAAUUACAACACCGGAUGGUAACACUACAUUCAUCAUCGAUACAUCGAAAGAAUAAUGAACAUUCAUUAAUUAAUCAUCGGCUAAUUUUUUUUUCUCAACACGUCAUUUCUUUUUUCUUUAUCAUUACACCUACAAUUUUUCAUUCAUUCAGCAUUUCAAAUUUCUCAUAUUUUAAAUUUCUAUCAAAUCACACAAUAUAUUUAGUUUUAUGGCACCAUCAUGUUAUGGUAUGAA